GCGGAUAACGGGUCGUCGCGUCGUUUCUUCGGGUUUCUUCUACGUUUCCGCCUUUGUACACGUGCGUGUCUCUGCAACCGAUAGUGUGAUAGAUAGACAAACGGAUCAUGGCACCAAAAUUGGAAAACGUUAUGUUAUCAGACAUCACCGAAGUGCCGUCCGUAAAAUAUAAUGGCAAUAAGAUUCUCCAACUCGACUUUAAUCCUCCCACUCCAGAAUUUCAAGAAGUAGCUAAAAGGGAACUGCGGGAGACUCCCGAACUUCAGAAGGAGUCAAUAGCACGCUUGAGAGAAUUAUUAAAAGCCGAAACAGAUCUCAAAUGCCCGUUGGAGAACGAAGCCUGGCUGAUCAGAUUUCUACGGCCGUGCAAGUACUACCCCGAGUCGACGCGCGAUCGCGUCAAGCACUAUUACAACUUCAAGGUGAAACACGCGAAUGUAUACGACAAUCUGAAGCCGAGCAAGGAGAGGAACAUCUUCGAACAGAACAUCCUAACCGUGCUGCCCAAUCUGGAUGAGCACGGCCGACGCAUAUUGAUAAUCGAGCUUGGCAAGAAGUGGAAGCACAACAAGUGUAGUCUUGAUGAGGUCUACAAGGGAUGCGUGCUCUACCUGGAGGCCGCAAUGCUGGAACCAACAUCACAGAUCACCGGUGCGGUCAUCAUCUUCGACAUGGACGGCCUCAGCCUGCAGCAAACGUGGCAGUUCACCCCGCCGUUCGCCAAGCGGAUAGUCGAUCUGCUCCAGGAUGUGGUGGCGCUGAGGAUCAAGAAUUUGCACAUCGUGAACCAGCCGUACGUGUUCAACAUGGUGUUUGCUCUGUUCAAGCCCUUCCUGCGGGAGAAGCUGAAGAACAGGAUCAUUUUCCACGGCACCGACCGGAAAUCGCUGCAUCAGUAUAUGUCGCCGAAGUGUCUACCGGCGUGUUACGGCGGCACUCUAGGCGCAGUAGAAGUGACUGCGAUGGAUUGGUACCAUUUAUUUAUCCAGAUGGAAAAGGAAUACGAGGCCAUCAAUUCGUACGGCUACAAGAAGAAAUAAUCUGUGUCGCCGAUAUCACCGCAGUAGAAGAUAGGUGCUUGGACUUCGAUUAUGCUGGGGUACGAAUUGAAAAUACGGCAUUUCCGGUGCGUAACGUCGGCCUAGUAUUCGUUACGAUGAAUGUGGAUCCCUUCCGUUCACUCGUCGGAACUUCGCUCCGAAUCUUGCUCACUUGAAUAAUUUUAUUUGUAACGUGUUACCGUAUAUAAUCGUUCGACUUCUAUUGGCUUUUAAGAACAUGUUACAUUACGGAAAAAAACGCAAGAAAACGCAACGUAAUGUUUGCACAUUAUGUCACGUCGUUUUUAUAGUUUCUCUGAUACUGCAAAAGCUACAAACUACUGUUAAUGAUUAUAUUUCAAACCUGUGAUUAAUCUCUCAUUUUUAUGAUCGGUUAAUGAAAAUAUUAUACAUUCCGUGUAGAAUAUUUUUAUCGUUAUUUAGUAGAUUUGCAUUGAAAAUUUCAUUUUUCAAGUAUCUUUUGUUGCACGUUUGGGGAAUAUGGAAAUGUGAUCAUUUUUACAAUUUAGUGCGAUAUUAUUACUCUCUUUGUAUAAAAUUGAUUUACGGUUUAUGUACUUAUUACAGGUAAUUGUGCGUAAAUAAUUUUGGUAUGCAACUUUGACAUAGAUAUAAAUAUCUAUUAAAAUGUCGUUAUUCCUUUUAACGACUUAAUAUGUAUUUAAUAAAUAGUAGAUAUGUAAGAAAUAA